AUGCUUCUUCACAAAAUCAAAGAAGGCUGACUGGCUUUGAAUCCCAGAUAUAAGCCGUAUUUUCUCAAGUCCUUGUCAGCUACUGAAAGAAUUGCUCUUAUAGCCAAGCAAAAUCCAGGCCCAGAGCCUUUAAGCCUUAUGUCAAGAAUCAUUUUCAAAAGGAGAGAAAUGAUAAGAGCUUAUGAAGUCUCAGCUUUUGCAAAACUAUCAGAAUAUCUAAAAACUAAAUUUUGGCUAUUGAAAUUGCAUUUAAACAAAAAAUUUCAAGACGUUGUUUAUUUGAGUUUCGCGAGAAGCAGAAGAUUCUUCAAGUUCUGGUGAAUUUUUAUAGGAUUUAUCUUUGGAGAGACUAUUGCUGACGCUGAGGCACUGCCUGGAGGUGCUGAAUGGACUAUGAAUUUCUUUAUGCAGCCAAAAGUUCAUUGGAUGCUACAAUAUAUUGCAGAAAACACUUCUACCAAAGGGCAUCCUCAAUAUUUAAGGCAUGACAAUUUGCAGCAAUCAAUAGAAAGAAUUAUGGUCCAAGGAAUCGAACAAGAAGAGCUGGACUCUUUAAGCUGGAUUUUAUUAGCAACCCAGUUUGCGUCUAUGCAGGAAGAUGAGUUCAGCUAUUAUUCUUUCCAUUUUGCACAUUUAAAGAACCAUCAGGCUGUCGGAGCGCAUUCUUUGCAGCCAAUUGAUACUAAUGAAGCAGCUAGAAUGUUUACAAAAUAA